AUGAGUGCUCAGACUCCACCCACACUCCUGAAGCUGGCAAGGCAGGCUCUGCUGAGAGAUGAGACCGUGGACAUGUCAGCUCUGGACAAACUGCCCAUGGAGCUCUUGCCAGCACUAUUCAAGGAGGCCUUGACUGGCAGACAUACUAUGACUGUGAAGGCAAUGGUGGCAGCCUGGCCUUUCCCCUGUCUCCCUGUGGGGGCAUUGAUGAAGACCCCUGACUUGGAAACCUUGCAGGCAGUUCUGGCAGGAGUAGACAUGCAGCUGCAAAGAAAGAUUCACUCCAGGAGGAGAAAACUUCAGGUUCUUGACCUGAGGAAGAAGCACCAUGAAUUCUGGAGCAUAUGGGCUGGUGCAGAGGAGGGUGACUGCUCAGCAGAGGACCCAGAUGAGCAGCAAGUAGUGAAGGUCCUUCCACGAUAUGCACUGAGGUGGCUCCUGAAGGUGGUAGCUGACCUUUGGCUCAGGCCAUGUUUCCAUGAAGAGCACAUCGAGACUUUGGAACUGAUGAUCAGUUGGGAUAUGUUAAAACUGUCACAAGUUGCUCCUUUCCUGGGCCGGAUGAGAAAUCUUCGCAAAUUCUUCCUGACAAAUACCGUCAAGAAUGUCUUCAUCAUUGGCAACAGGACAACAGACCAAGAAGAGAAGUGUAUCAGGAAGUUCAUUUCUCAGUUUUACAAACUCGACUGUCUUCAGUAUCUCUCCAUGAAUGGCAUCUACUUUCUUAGAGACCACCUGCAUCUGGUUCUUGGGUGCCUGAUGGCUCCGUUGGAGACCCUGUCCAUCACCUCCUGCAACCUUUCACAGUCAGACCUGAAUUCCUUGUCCGAGUGCCCGAAGCUCUUUCAGCUGAAACAUCUGGACAUGAAACGUGUGGGCUUAACGUCUUUGGAUCUUAGGCCUCUCCAAAUCCUCCUAGAGAAUGUGGCAGACACUUUGCAAUCCCUGGACUUGAAGGCUUGUUGGAUUUCAGACUCUCAUCUCACUAUGCUCAUACCUGCCCUCAGCAAGUGCUCUCAGCUGGCCAAUGUCAGUUUCUAUGACAAUUACUUCUCCAUGCACAACCUGAGGAAACUUUUGCAGCACACAGCUAACUUGAGCAAGAUGAAUGUGGAACAGUACCCUGCCCCGCUGGAGUGCUAUGAUGAGUUGGGCUAUAUCUCCACAGAGAGAUUUACCCAACUCUGUGCAGAGGAAAUAGAUAGACUCAGGGCCAUAAGACAGCCCAAGUGCAUCUCCUUUGCUACACUUAUUUGCUCUAGAUGUGGAGAGCGUUCUAUCUAUGACCAAGAACUCAGACUCUGUGUUUGCCAGCAGAGAUGA